CCCAGAGGAAACCUUUUGCAACCUGGACACACAUCAACCUUUACCGGUGGUCCAGCUCUACGUGAUGCCGUCCAUCUUCCUGGUGGUGGUGAUCCUCGGGCUUCCCCUCAACCUGCUCUCCCUCUGGGUUUUCUUCCACCGCCUGCGGCGCUGGAGCCGCAGCACGGUGUUCCUCUUCAACCUGACCCUGGCUGACACCUCAUGGCUGCUGGCUUUGCCUUUCCUCAUCACCUACCACCUGAACCAUCUGUACUGGAAGUUGGGGUGGACGAUCUGCACUAGUGUGAGAAUGUUUUACCACAACUACUUUUACCUCAGCAUCUUCUUCGUCACCUGCAUCAGUGUGGACCGUUACCUGGCCAUCGUGCACCCGCUGCGCUCUCUGGUGCUGCUGAGCCAGAGGCAGACCUGCCUGCUGUGUGUGACGGUCUGGUUGGCCACUCUGAUCAUCAGCAUACCUGUUGCAACUAUGAGUCUUAUCCAGACUUGCCCUGGGAGCAACCGUACUGUCUGUACCCUGUACAUACUGCUAAGUGAGACCCAGGAGAGCCUCCCAUAUUCCACCUUUUGCACCACCGUCGGCUUCCUCUUCCCCCUGCUCUCCAUCUGUUACUGCGGCCUGCACAGCGUCAGAAAGCUGCGCCACCGACCGUGCCGCUCCUACCCGCACAACAAGCAGCGACGGCUUCUGUGCGCAGUGCUGGUCAUCUUUGCCUUCUUUUACCUGCCUUACCACCUGAGCCGCAACGCGGCCAUCUAUAUUCGUGCAAUCUACCCCGACAACCCCGCGUCCUGGCACUACGCAGACCUGAUCUUCGCCUUGGAGAUGUGCAUCUGCAGCCUCAUCACCUGCGUCAACCCUCUGUUCAGCUGCUUCAUAGGUGGCCAGUUCAGGAGAGAGUUACACAGCACUUUUGCUGUCGUGUUUUCAAAAUUUUCAGGUGCACAGGUGGCCUCAAUGAUAUCCAAACGGACCCGGAUGACGAUGAGGUCAAGACAGGCGAUGUCUACUGUCACACCUGUGUGCGCAGUGCCUGCAGGUAGACCCUGAUGGACAUGUAGAUGUUCUUUGUACUUGUGUCGUGAAACUGUAGAGAAAACCUGAGCAUGUUCUUACUGUAUAAGAUAAACAGACUGUAUAUAACAAUGGUUUCCAGUCUCGUUAUUUCAUUGUAUCAUCUCAG